AUGCGCGCCACGUACAUCGUCCCCGCCCUCCUCGCUCUCGCCACGCCUCUCCUCGCCGUUCCCACACCCAUGGCCCAGCCAGACGGAGGUGCUGCUGUCGAUGUCAAUGCCGAUUUCGCCAACCAGCUACAGGUAGAACUCGCCAAGGCGGCGGAUAGUGUGGCCGCCGGUAUUGUCGCCAAGGCCCAUGCUCAGCACAAGAAGCGCACCUAUCAGUCCCCUGGUGUUAAUGUCGGCGCCGGCGCCGGGGCGGGCGUCAACACUGGGAACAACGGGCUCGGCUUGGUGGUGGGCACGAAUGUGAACGCUCUGGUGGAUGGGAUAAUUGGUCUGAAACUCGGCGGUGUUGCUGGUCUUGGUGUUGGCAAGGGGAAGGACAAGCGCGAGCCCGGGGUUGACCCGCGGGCGCUUCUGGGUGUGACGGUUGGGGCCUGUGUGGAGACGUUCUUGGGCCACCUCGUGGCUGGGUUGCAGGUCGCCCUUUGA